AUGUCUAGACGUAGAAGAUCAAAUUCAUCAGAUGACGGUGCCCAUUCUCCCUUGCCACCGUCCUCGCCACAACUACAUCGUCAUUCUUCCUCCAUCUUGGGGUCCCCUCAUGGCAUGACUAAUUUGGAAAGCGAUCUUGAUAACGACGUAGAUUUGCCUCAAGAUAUCUCAGAUAUCGAAGAAGCCAUCGACGAAGUAGAUUUGAUGGACGAAGAUAUGUACAAGGAUUACGCCACAGAUCCCGAUAAGGACCAUUACGAUGAUAAAGAUAUAGAUGACACACACCAACAAGAGUUGUCACUUGCAGACAGAAGAAGAAUAGACGCCCAGUUGAACCAAAGAGAUGCACUUUUGAAAGGAGGAACGUAUUUGGACGACGACGAUGACGACGACCAACAAGAUGAAGCUCUUGAUGAAAUGGGUCUCCCCAGACAAAGAAGACAUCGUAAAUCUCGGUACGAGAAUCAUAGCGACGACGAUCUUUGGAGCGAUAUGGAAGUCGAUCCAUUGACAGAAGAAUUGAAUCUCGAAUCCCUAAGCAACAUCAAGGCAAAUUCAUACUCGGAAUGGAUCACUCAACCAAACGUCUCAAGAACCAUCGCCAGAGAAUUGAAGUUAUUCUUAUUGGAAUAUACAGACGAAUCCGGAAGAUCCGUUUACGGGGCACGUAUUCGUACUCUUGGUGAAUUGAAUUCAGAAUCAUUAGAGAUCAAUUUCACCCAUCUAGCAAAUUCAAAACCAAUUCUAGCUCUUUUCCUUGCGAAAUGUCCUCAAGAGAUUUUCAAGAUUUUCGAUUUGGUCGCCAUGGAGGCUACCGAACUACAUUACCCCGAUUAUUCAAACAUUCAUUCGCAAAUCCAUGUGAGGAUCUCCGAUUUCCCCACAAUCCACACCUUACGAGAAUUACGUGAAAUCAAUUUACUAUCUCUUGUAAGAGUUACAGGUGUUGUCACUAGAAGAACAGGUGUUUUCCCACAAUUGAAAUAUAUUAAAUUCAAUUGUUUGAAAUGUGGGACUAUCUUAGGUCCCUUUUUCCAAGAUUCAAACCAAGAGAUUAAAAUUUCAUUUUGCACCAACUGUAAAUCCAAAGGUCCCUUCAAUGUCAAUGGUGAGAAAACCGUUUAUAGAAAUUAUCAACGUAUCACAUUGCAGGAAUCCCCCGGUUCCGUCCCCGCAGGUCGUCUACCUCGUCAUCGAGAAGUUAUUCUCUUGGCAGAUCUGGUGGAUGUGGCCAAACCUGGUGAAGAAGUAGAAAUCACAGGGGUGUAUAAGAAUAAUUAUGAUGGGAAUUUAAAUGCCAAGAAUGGGUUCCCCGUUUUUGCUACCAUCAUAGAGGCCAAUUCUAUAAAGAAAAGAGAAGGUUCAUUAUCAAACACAUCUGAUCUAGAGGAAGGUCUGGAUAUUUUCCAUUGGACAGAAGAAGAGGAAAGAGAGUUCCGUAAAUUAUCAAGAGAUCGUGGUAUUAUAGACAAGAUCAUUUCCUCCAUAGCACCUUCUAUUUAUGGCCAUAGAGAUAUCAAAACAGCAGUGGCAUGUUCUUUAUUCGGUGGUGUCCCCAAAAAUGUAAAUGGUAAACAUUCUAUUCGUGGUGAUAUCAAUGUAUUAUUAUUAGGUGAUCCAGGUACUGCUAAAUCUCAAAUCUUGAAAUAUGUCGAAAAGACUGCACACAGAGCGGUUUUCGCUACAGGUCAGGGUGCUUCUGCUGUUGGUUUGACUGCCUCUGUACGUAAAGAUCCAAUCACCAGGGAAUGGACUUUAGAAGGUGGUGCGUUGGUCCUAGCUGACAAGGGGGUUUGUCUGAUUGAUGAAUUCGAUAAGAUGAAUGAUCAAGAUCGUACUUCUAUUCAUGAAGCUAUGGAACAACAAAGUAUAUCCAUUUCUAAAGCCGGUAUUGUCACCACUUUACAAGCCCGUUGUUCUAUCAUUGCUGCUGCAAAUCCAAACGGUGGUCGUUAUAACUCUACAUUACCAUUAUCACAAAACGUCACCCUAACAGAACCUAUCUUAUCCAGAUUCGAUAUUCUUUGUGUGGUGCGUGAUCUUGUAGAUGAAGAAAGUGAUAAAAGAUUGGCCAAGUUCGUGGUCGGUUCACAUGUAAGAUCACAUCCAGACUCCAACGGUGAAGAUGCUACCGCUAAUAAAGACAACAAAAACGACAAUGACGACGACGAAUCCCCAGCCAUAUCUGCAAGACAAAGAAAGAAAGAAUUAUUAUUGAAAAAGGAACAAGAAAUCUCACCCAUACCACAAGAAAAAUUGAUGAAAUAUAUCAAUUAUGCAAGAACGAAAAUAUAUCCAAAGUUACAUCAAAUGGAUAUGGAUAAAGUAAGUAAAGUAUAUGCCGAUUUGAGAAGAGAAAGUAUAACAACAGGGUCUUUCCCCAUCACUGUACGUCAUUUGGAAUCUAUACUGAGAAUUGCCGAAUCCUUUGCAAAGAUGCGGUUAUCGGAAUUCGUAUCGAGUUGGGAUUUGGAUAGAGCUAUUAAAGUGGUGAUUGAUUCAUUUGUUGGGGCUCAAAAAGUGAGUGUUCGUCGUCAAUUACAGAAAUCUUUGGCAAUUUAUACAAUAGGUAAUCGUUAG